AUGAUACAAAUAUCCUGCGUUUUCUUCGGUGCCGGUUGUAUCAUCUCCGGCCAGGCUCAAAACUUCACCGUUCUGCUAGCGGGGCGUACUAUUAUGGGGAUUGGCGGAGGCGGUAUAAUUACGCUAGCUGAGACGACGGUCACGGACCUGGUCCCUUUGAGAUAUCGUGCAAAAUAUCUUGGAUAUCUCGGCUCAGUCGAGAAGGCGACAUGGCGAUGGAUCUUCUGGGUCAUGAUCCCCUUCGCCGUACUUGGAUUUCUCGCCAUUACCUUCUACCUGAACCAAACACCUGUCCCCGGUAACGUUAUACCUAAAUUGCGACGAUUCGACUGGAUCGGCGCCACAGCUCUGACCGGGUCACUUGUGUGCUUCCUGAUCGGCCUGUCGUGGGGUGGCGUUCAGUACGCAUGGGGCGACUGGCACACAUGGUUCCCAAUGGUCCAGGGGGCUGAAGGAAUAAUCUUCACUAUGGUGUAUGAGUUCAUGUUGGCGAAGGAGCCAAUCGUUAUACCCACCAUAUUUAACAACAGAAGCAUGGUCAUCUGCUUCUUGCUGGCCAUGGCGCACGGAGCUGUGGUGUGGUGUUUACUUUACUUUUUGGUUAUUUACUAUGAGGCUGUCAAGUUCUAUGGAACUAUUUCCACUGCACUAUCAGCAAUGCCGGAGAGCAUCACAAUUGUUGCUUCGGGCAUCAUAGCAGGCCUUCUAGCAACAAAGACCGGCGAAUAUCGCACUUUCAUUCGACUAGGGUGGGCUAUAACAGUCCUUGGAUUCGUACUGUUGAGCCUGCUCGACCACAACACGUUGGUCUUUGGUUGGAUUCUACUCAACAUACCUAUUGGCAUAUCUACCGGUGUGCUUUUCACGACCGUGCCAGUUGCCAUCCAGGCUGCCGGUCGGCCGGAAGACGCCGGGCCUGCAGCCUCCUUCUUCUCCUUCUGCCGGUCUCUCGGCCAGGCCAUCGGUGUCUCUGUCGGCGGCACGAUCCUCCAGAACCGUUUUAGAGCAGUCGCCGUUGGUAUGCAGACCAUUGGGCCGCUGGCGGAUGAGUUCAGCCAUCAAAUAGAGGGCCUCAUCGCCUUUCUGAAGUCACUGCCGGCCACCUCAGCCAUGAGGGACGAGCUGGUCCAAGCAUACUCAGAAAGCCUACAAAGUCUAUGGUAUUACGUGGCUGGCUUUAGCGCAGUCACAGUCGUGCUCAGCUUCUUUGUUAAGAAGUACACUUUAGACCAAGCUUGGAGGACUGACCAGGCUUUGAUAGAGAAGACGGAUAAAAGGUCGCGGGUCUGA